GGAAUAUCUCAAUCUCAAUUUCGACCUCCAUGCUACGGCAUUAUCUCUAUAGUACUGCAGAUUAAUUGUACACAUACACGAGUAAGUUUAUGCGACGAAUGACCUGCAUGUGCCUUUCCCUUAAACGCAGAAAGUACUGUAACUUCGCAGUAAAUCGGUCAAAUUGGGAUUAAAAAGUCCCGCCAAGGGGCUUCAAACAGGGAUUGUCAGCGAAUGAGAGGGCAGUUGAUUGCCGGCCGCCUCCACUGAAAAUGCCAUCCAUCCCUUACAACGGCCGCUAAUUCCUCCCAUUGCCAUCGCCAUCGCCGUCGUCGUCGUCAAACCCUUUCACACGAUCACGCGCCUUCACGCCAACGGACAUGCUUCACAUGGCGCUCUAGACAUACAACAUUCCACUUUCACGCGCUCUACCGACGACCAUGCGAUUGGACUAGACGAGCCACUUCGACCACGACUACCGCCUCGACAUCAACGUUGCGAUCGCGGGUGGGUGGACAAUUGGUCUUGGACAAAUUGGUCUUCAAUCCCCGCAAGUUCCCCAUACCGCCAUCCCCUACCGUGCCACCGAACCGCUUCUCGAAGCGGGCCAUAUAAACCAUAUCUAGCGGGCCGUCGCAUACGGCAACUCACAUAGAACUGUUCCCUCCCUCCCGGCUUGUGUCUCACUCAACGGCAAGAUGCAUCAGGGGGCACCGACAACGACAGCGACAAUGGCCUACCCCUCCCUUCCCGCCUCCCCGACCCUCACGAACCCGGACAUGAUCCUGCCCUACGGCGACUACGACUCCACCCCCUCCCCGCCGCGUUCGGCCGUGUGGAAGGGCCGAUCACAGGACAUGGACUUUGCGCAGCCCCUGGCGUACGGAGACAAUAGCAUGGUCGCCGUGCCUAUGACGCCUAUCACACCGAUUAUAUAUGGGAACGGCACAAUGUUAUCUGAUAUCGGCGAGGUGACGGAGGCGGAGAGCACACCUGGGGUAGGCGUGCGACGCAUGCGGGACCGGCUCGCAAGGGGCGAUGAUUCACCAGUGAAGUCGUCGCCAACGAUGGGAUACCAGAGUACGGUGAAGCGGUCGAAAGUGCCGGCUCACCAGCGCAGCGCCAGUAUGGAGAGUACGAGUACCGUGACGACUGAGGCUCCGGCGGGCGAGCCGUUUGGGGAUUUCGAUGAUACUGUUAGCGUGGAUGAGAGCGCCUUCCAGGGCGAUGAUGAGGAGAGUGUCGUGGGCGAAACCUACGGACAGGCAAUGUUGGCCGAGGUGAAAACUAUGUAUAGAACGGAUGCUAGGACCGUAGACGCGAGGAGGGAGAAGGAGGACGAGGAAUUGAGCAGUGCGGCGCUGAGCAAGAGGGCAGAGAUGAUCUUGUCAAACGCCAAACAGCGGCUUGAUAACAUGGAGGGGAAUCUCAGUCGUGCGCGGAGCUCCCUAUAUAUCAGCCCCUCGUCCUCGAUGUCGUCAAUACAUAGCAGCAGCCCGCUAUCAAGAUUGACACCCUCCCCUCCGGAGCCGCGCAUAAUCUCUCAGAUGGGCCUGCCUCCCGCCAGACACCGACAACUGAAUCACCCCAACCUGGGCCCCAACGGCCCGGCUCACGCAAGAGUCGGUAGCGAGAAUUCGCUUCCCCUAUCUCCUAAUAAUAAUAUUCAAAAAACGACCGUCAUCUCAAGGCCGACCCUCGUCUCAAGGCAAUCCCUGCCACCAAUCGCGUCACCACAGUCGGAAGGACCGCAACGGCAGGAUUCUUAUAGAUCUCAGACUGCUGCUCAAGAGAGCCGCCGGUUAUCUUUAAAUGAGCACUUAGACCCAGUAUCUGGGAUAGUUAUCAUGGAAACGGGGAGCGAUGGCGAUCACCCCUUCCCGUCACCUCUUGAAGUUGACAGAUUCAUCCGAUCCAGCACUGCCGAGCCCCAUUCCUGGCACGAGAUCGAUCCACGUGCCCUAACGCGCUCGGCUUCGUCAAUGCAGAUGCGAGACCUGUCGGUCAAAAUGAAGGACCUAAAAGGCAAGAUAUCGACACUGAGGGACCGAGCGAAGGAAGAGAAUAUGAAGAGGCGUAGCGUGCAGAGCCUCCGUACCCUGAGUCCAUUUACAGCGGCCGAACAGUGGUACACGACGUCAACAGAGCAGGAAAUCCAGCAGAAGCAAGUUAAUAAUACGCUUGAUCACGUUACUGAGGACGCGGCGGAAGAUGUGGAGGAUUACCAGGAGUCGGAAACGACGAGUAUCUACCAAGACUUUGAGGAACACCAGGACCAAGAGGAAUAUGGGAAUGUUGUUGACUCGUUUGGAGAAGAGGAACAGGGUAAUGACCAUGAGGCUUCCGAAGAACCCGCCGAGUUUGAAAAUGCCCUCGCGGAAAAUAACCAUCAGCAAAACGAUCUUCAGGAUGACGACCUUGAGCAAGAUAGCCUUCAGGAGCACGUCGAGGACAGAGAGCUCGAUGAAGAGCAACCCGUCGACGAUGAAGACCAGGACGAAUCCGUCGACGGCGAAGAAUACGACGACGCCUCCAGCGACGUCGCCUCCCUCUACCACGACACCUCCCAAGUCCCCCUCUCCCACGAAGACCGCGAAGACGCCUUUGACUACGAGCACUUCUUCCUCCACAGUGCCAUGGGCACCAUGUCACAACAAAAAUACGGCCGACGCGGCAGCACCGACAGCUACGGCUCCGAGGACUCCGUCGAAACCACGCGCGGCGUUGAUGCUCCUGCUACUGGGACUUACAAAGAUGAAUUAAAACACGCGGUUGUGGGGCAUACGAGGCAUAAGAGUAUUGAUACCGUGAGCACGAUGGCUACAUUCGCGACUGCGAAAUCAAGACAUACGGAGGUGGAUCUGCAGACUGAAUACUACAAUUUCGCCGUCCAGCAUGUGCGCCGCUCUCAGCAGAUCCACGGGGUUGACACAUCAAAAGCCUUGCCCACCACACCUGACAACGAGGCGGGAGAUGCGGGACAGGAAUCCCGCCGCGGCUCAGUAAUCAAAUCCGGCGUCAUCCAACCCGUCGCCAUCCAGCGCCCCUCCAUCUCCUCCUUCACCUCCUCCUCCAGCACCACGCGCUUCUUCCCCCUCAUCAACAGACCCAGGAACGCGAGCGGUACCUCCACGCCCUCUAGCUACCCCUCUUCUCCUGCGUCUAAUCCGGGUGAGCUCCUCGGGAUGGCGCUCACGACGGGGAUGCUGAAUGGCGGCGAAGAGAGGGCGGCGCAGCCAUCUCCGGUGUCGAUGUUGCACCGCGAUGAUCAGAUUUUGGUAGAGCGGCUGGUGGCGAAUGUGGGGAAGUGUGUGGUGGGGUUGCAGGAGACGAGGAGGACUAGUGCCGAGAAUAGGGUGUGGAGGAAGAGGUUGGAGAUUGCGUAUCGGAUUUUGGAUGGGGAUGAGAGUUUGUUGAAGUGAGUGGCCCAGUAGAACCUAAUGACUGGCCGCAAGGACAUGCCAAUAAUGGGUGAGAGAAGGGGGAGGGGGUAAUAUAUUAUGAUGCUGGAUCGUUGCUGGCGGCGAUGAUUUUUUAUGUUGGGGGCGAACUGGGGGGACUAUUGCUGUGGUAAUUAUAGACAGACAUACAUUUACAAGAUGGGGAGGGGCAGCGAGGUUUAUGGGUUUGCUUGCAUAUACCCGGCUAUACUUUAUGAACACAUACUUCGGCUAGGAGAUUACUAGAUCUAGGA